AUGAGGAAGGGUUCACUAAUUAUGACAACACCAAUUCUACCUCGAGCAACUAUGACUCCGCAUAUGAAUCAUGUUAGAAUAAAUGGCUCAGACCAUGGAGUGCUUAAUACGUCAUACAGCUUAUCUGCUAUACAAAAAAUCCCUUUACUCUACAAUGGUACAUCAUAUAAGGAGAAUUCGCCUACAAACUACAUUCCGACAAAUUCAUUACCAGGUACUUUCAGAAAGAAUGGAAUGCAAAACCUAAGAAACAAUAGUAUACCACAACAACAAUUUGGCGGAUUAAUGCAACCUCAAACUUUAGAUAUGGAGAAUACCAAUCUAACAACAUUUCCUAUGAUUGACGACACAAAUAAGUUUGUUAAUUUCACACCGACGUACAUUCGAGCUCCAUCACUUAAUACUCCUUCACCAAAUCUGAAUCGUGACGUUGUGAACAAUUAUGGAUACUCACCACAGACUCCGGUACGUCAUUUUGGACAAGGUGAAAUUCACUCAUUUCCACAGUAUUUAAUACGAAUGCAGCAUCCACAUGUCAUAUACGACGAUGUUGCUGGAGGAACAUCAAGUAUCGUGGGGUCAUUGGGUCAUAGCCCAAAUGGUAGCAUUAUAGACACUACAAGUUUGCAAACUCAUUUAGCUCAACUUCAAAAUAUCAAUGUAGCGAGACAAAACAAUAUAUUACAACCAACUAAUUCAAGUUUCUCUAAUCUCAUGAACCUAUCCCCGGACUCUAAUAUUCAAGGUCAUUAUAUAUCACUCCAACCCUCAAUAAGUCAUAAAUUAGCAGAUGAUAAGAUUACAACUUCGGUUACUUCAUCAGUUCCAGUAUCAGUAUCUACAUCAACUUCACCUAAUUACUCAGGUCAAACCCAGUCAGAUACAUCUGUUAUCCCAAGUGUUUCCUCGUCAACAACUGGAAGUUCAACUAAUUCGCAACAAACAGUAACAUUACAAAAUUCAAAUAAUCAGGUUAUCAAAGGUAUAGAAAAAGUGACGUUGACCCAAGCUGACACACCAUUAAAUACUAAUAUAUCAAAUAUAAAUCCACCUUCGACAUCUUCCCCAUCAAUUAGUUGACUUGUGGCAAAUACGACAAACAACUGAUUCUUACUCACUUGGAUUUAACAAUAACUAAAACAUAAAAAACAACCACUCAUCUUUAGUGAUAUUAAUUGAGAAAUUUUCUGUACAAUACAAGCUAG